AUGGCAAUACUGGAAAAAGCAAGGAUAGAUAAUAAGUAUUGUGAGACAAUACGUAGUAGUACUAAUUUGUAUGAGGUGGUUGAAUUCAAUAAAGGUUACACCGUGAGAUUGGAUAGCCAUGAGUGUGCUUGUAGACGUUGGGAUCUAACAGUUGUAAGAAUGAGAAAGUUAUUGUGGAGGGACCAAAAAAUAAAGAGGCCGACCCCGAAAACAUCCAAAAGACGUGAUUCCGAAACGUCCUACAUAACCAAAGAAGAAGAAACAGACCACUACAAGUAUCAGCAACACUCAGCCUGCCCAGCCGGCUGA